CCUUUGAUUAAUGCAACACUAAUGCCCGAAUUACACGCACAACUAUUUGAUACUUUAAUUGUGUGUUUCUGUCUGUAUGGACAUUGAGUUUGGCUUCUGUUUAGACGCAUCAGCUGUGCUGGAGGAUGUUAAACAAAACAUUUGGAUGAAAGCUGCGCCACAGAAACAUAUUUAGGCUUUAUGAUGGGCAGACAUGUUUUUCAUCACUUAAACACUUUAAUCGACAGCACAUUGCGACAUUAUGAACAUAUUGAUAUUAGGACCGACACAUCCAACCGGACUACACACACACACACACACACACACACCGGCACGGAUACACCCACGCACUCUUAGCCUACUGAUACAUGCAAGUCAUUUCCAUAACCCGCAUGCUUGUUCAUUGCAAGUUGAAACUUAUGAACCUUGUGAAGGAUGGAUUGUAUUCUGAAGAGUCGAUGUCCAAAAUGCAAAGCCGUUGCGCAGCAUGUAUUUUACUGAUAAGACUGAAGCUGCUCCGCUGCUCUCACUGUAGCCUAAUUAAAUAUAUUUUUCAUCAACAUGCCUUGUAUUAAGAUUUCCCCCUUCAUUAAUUCACAUCUCAGUGCGUUUUUGCAACAGCGUGUCUCAAGAAAAAAAGAGGCCAUUUUGUUUCAUUUCCAACAAACACCUGUUGAAAUUGUUGCAUGCCCAGCGUCUGCACAGCUGGUCAGCAUCCUGCAAUGAAAGUAAGGGGAGCCGUUUGGUUAAUUUGCUUUGUUACAAUUGCUUGCAAUAGAAGGAAUCUUUGGAAAAGGGUUGUUUUCCCUCCACUGGCCAUGUAACUCAAGAAUGCAUCCUUACAGUUCUGAAUGUGUUGCCCCUCACCCUUUAGUUCCCAUCCUCUCUCUUUCUUCCUCUCUACUGCAAUGCUUCAACAGCACAGUAUAGAAAUACGUAGAGGAAAACAUUUGCUCCUUUUGUAUGUUGAGUCCCUUUGCUGAAAAGAUGUGAUAUUAGACUUCAGGCUUUUGGGUGCAGGAGGACUGAAUUCAUUUAAAAUCUCAUUCGUUGUUAGAAAGCUGUAACUGCACAUUCAUUGGGGGAGUGGUUUGGACACAUUGGCCAAAAAAUCCUCAUGAAGUGAACAGAGUCAGAGCAGAAAAAUAUGGUAAUGGUAGUUGAGUGGGGAGGCGUCAGUGUCAUCUUGUUGAGCAAGUGACGGGCAGAUGUGACUUUGAAAUCUGGUUUGGCUAAUGGGUGUAGAUUGGAUUCUGCCUCCCUUCUCUUUCACUGCCUCUUUCACUCACACAUAGACAGAGCUGCAGUGCUAUUCUGAGAGAGUUAGCUGCCUCAUCCCACGCACAGAAUCUGAGAAAGAGAGAAAGGCAGAACGAGGUAGAAAAGAGGAGAAGGAGGGAGCAAGAGACUUUACAGAAUGCCUACUACACUCACAUGCACACAAAGCCUUUUUUACAGUUGUACAUUUUCCCUUAUUAAUUGUUCUAACAGCAUGAUGUACAGUCUCGAUUAGCACUCUUCUCGUGUGUGGCAUUGACUGUAUUUGCAGAUCUGUUUGGCGGUGCUGUUUGUGUGAUGUGCUAUGUUGUAUUGCAGACACUCUGGCCGACACAUUCCAGGUUUGUCGACACGAACACAAUUCUGGAAAUCAAGCAGAACAUUAAGAAACGACAGAAGAACACGUUGGGAACAUUAGUCAGUGGGAGAACUGCUGCCUUUGUGUCUCUUGUUUUCUCUCAGCUGAACUCUCCUCAGAAGGUCAGAGGAGCAUGUAACUGAAACAAGUGGAGCCCUCUGUGAUUUCAGCAUUCUGUCUCCCCCAUCUGUGCCUACAUUCUCCGCUGCAGAUAGGGACGUUUCUGAUAAUUACAUAUAAUUAUAAUUUCUGUGGGAGACAGAUCUGCCUCUGUCUAUUAUUGCCAACACCUCCAACACAAUAACUUCACACAUUUACAUAUUUCUCAACAAAAGUGAUAUUCUUUGAACCUCAGAGACAAAUCAGGAAUAAUUUUACUUAGAGAGACAUGUCACAUGGAGACGCAAUGUGCCAUUCAGUUCAUAUCUAAUUAUUAGUGAUACGGUUGAAUAACACGGGUAACUUUUUGUGCCUAAAAGCUGAAUAGAAAGCAUUUAAAAUAUCUGUGACGUUUGCCUCAUUCUGCAGUGUGUUUUACAGGCUGGGAGUCGUUUCCUUGGUUUAUGCUUACUCUUCAUUUUCAGCUGUUACAGUCUUCUAGCACUUAAGCUGAGCCUCCCUCAUUAUCACCCCUCAGCCCAAUCACAGUAACAGUCCGUGCCAGCCAGGCGACUACGGAUGCACAUUAAUCCAACCAUAGAAAAGAUUGAGAUCAAGUACAGUGUAUCUAUAGAUGUGACGAGUUCAUGCCUAACAAGUUAAAAUGGAGUUACAUCCCCACUCCAGAGAAACUUGGCAUCAUUAAUAGAUGAAUAGUUUUCAUCAGUGGUGCAGUCUGUUAAUUCCAUUUGAUUGUUUACAAUGUUGAUACACACAAAAUGUCAUACUAAUUUCCAGAAAAGAAUUGCUCACAGCUUAAAUAAGUGCCAAUUUUGAAUGUAUGUUGUGUCAGACUAAAAUAGUACAAAACAGAUUCAACAGUUUACAUUUGAUAAAUCACUGGCCAUAGACCAUAUUGUUGAAGUGCCAUGAUCAGCACAGGAAUGUAUAGGACUGCGGUAUUUUAUUGAAAAUCCAUGCUACUCAUUUUUACUGGCCUUUGUGUGUACAAAAAUGUAUUCCUUCCAGCAGCACGUCAGAUAUUUGUUCUUUUGUUAAGUGGAAAGUGUAGAACAAGGCAUUAAGGACUAAAAGCAUGAAGAUUGUUGUUUUCAAUUUGUCCUUUUUACAAAGCUGCAUCCGUUUCAGUGUUCUACUUGAGAGGGAAAAAGAUGAAGUCAUCACACAUUCAGAGUUCCUUUCUAGCAGUAAAUUAAAACCCCUUUAAUACCAUUAUCGAAAAUUACUGAAACCUAUCAACUGUUUUUAAUAGUGUUAGACCUUUUCAUUUGUAUUGUUCCUGACCGUUUCUAAUAUUACACCAUCAAAAUACUCAGCUUCUGACAAAACAAAAAAACAGGCUUCAAAUUUCAUCCUCCAACAUGACUGAAUGAAACUACUGAUACAUCAUCAAUAUCCAGUAGGUUAUACAUGCUACUUGAAUAUUUCACAUGACAUUUUAGUAGGUUAAACUGCAAAAGCGGAUAUAGUGUUGCAACUGCAUUGACUCAACAACAGAAAAUAGAUCUCUUAGUCAUGUAAAAAUGACGCCCACCACCAAUCUCAGAGUCCUCGCUGUCUUCCUGCUCUCCCUCCUUACUGCCCCACUCACCACUGUUGUGGAGACCUCUCCGUCCCCCCCCCCUCAGCAAAUAGAGCGCUCAGUGAGGCCUUUUACUGAGCAGCCCAAGCCUGGCCCCAGCCCCCCUGUCCUGCUCCUCGCCAUGCAGGCCAAUAUCAGGCCAGCUGCUCUCCAAGGCAGGACCAAAACUCCUGAGAAACUUCCAGAAACCUCAGAGGGAGUUCUGGAGGCACCUCCGAGAGCCCUUCGCCAGGUCAUGUUUCCCAAGAAUGUGACGUCAUCAGAGGCCCUUGCAUCUCCCUUAGCCGCCGCCCAGGUAGCGCCCAUUCGACCCCGCAUGAUAGACAUAUGGAUUGAUGUAUGUCGGGGUUACUAUGACGUAAUGGGACACUUUGACAGCGCUUUCAACUGCUCCAAGGACACCUUCAUCUUUUGCUGUGGAACCUGCCACUACCGCUUCUGCUGCCCAGAGCGUAGCCGGCAACUGGAGCAGGACAGCUGUAAAAACUAUUACUCUCCAGAUUGGGCCAAGCCACAGACAGACGCCAUGAUAUUACCAGAGGAAUUAGGUAAUGACCCAGACUUUGAUCCACUGAAGCAGCAGAGCCACAACACGGGCUUCGUCAUUGGAGGCGUGAUUGUGUUCAUGGUGGCUGUCGCUGUUGGCAUCAAGGUAGUCUUCAACAAGGUGCAACAGGAAGCCAACCAAAGGGACCUCAAUAUGCCCAGAGCUCUGGUUGACAUGUUGCGGCACCAGUCGAGCCCAGUCCAGCAAGAUGAGAGAAACAACAGCGUGGCUCUGGCUGUAGGGGAUGGACAGGGGACACUGGGGAGACCUCCGAAAAAUCUUUACGCCCCAGGACUGCCCAGCAAGGACAACAGAUUGGGCAAUUUGCAACACAAUUUCAUCCACUCUUCAGGCACCAGCCCCAAACACACCGCAACUAUCGAACGCACCCCUCGAAUGAACAAUGCUCAGCUGGCAGCUGGAGGCACGCUGCUUUCCAGUAAACACAACAACACCAAAUCCCAGCCUGCCUUUCACCACUCCCUGCACAACCUGGCUCAGCUGCCGCCCUCCUAUGAGAGUGCCACCAAGCCUGAGCUCAACAGAUAUUCUUCACUCAAACGCCUCGAGAAAGGUCUUGAUGAGUACUCGUCUGGUUACUGCACCACCAAGCGCCGGCCUCACACAGCCCAGCCGGCCCUCCAGUCGUCUCAGCACCACCUCCACUGGGGUGGAGACUACACCCUCAGUGGGAGAGGAACCCUCCCCAGGCAUGCAGUUCGUCCUUGGAUCCCGCCGCCGCCUUCUGGCAUGCCUGCCUCACCCACCCCAAAUCCUUACCCUCUGGAUCCCCCGGAGCCCCAGUACAACCCCAAUUACGACACUCUCUCCAAGCCAAGGAAAGUUAAAUCCACUGACCAGCUGCUCAACAUGGGUGAUGUCCCUGGCAACACAGGGACACUGUCUAGGUUGUCCAAGAACCAGCAACACCAGUACUAUAAAGCCAUGGCUGCCUCCAAUAAGAACUCCAACACCCAGACCCUCACCAGGAAGACCCAGGACAGGCAAGACAGGCAAGACAGGCAGGAGAGGCAGGACAGGCAAGACAGACAGGAACGGCUGCUCAUGUCCCCGGAUCAUUUGGAGGAAAGGAUGGGGGUCGGCGGGAUGGGGGUUGUAGAUCCAUACGCCCACACAGGAGGGGUUGUCCCCACGCUGCCUCGCCAGCAGAAGGCCCAGUCCCAGCAGAACGUCUGCGCUACGCCCUCCCUCGACCGACACCACAUGAUCAAGAUGAACUCUCACCCCACUUCCGGACGAGAGCAGGAGAGGAACACGGCCAUGACAGGGCACAUGAGCGGGGGCAUGGGCUGGGCAGGGGAAGCUCCUGGGGCGGGGGUAGUCAUGGGAACGGGAACACUAGGGGGCCACAGCGCCAGGAGGAUGGCUUUUGCAGCAAAAAGGCAGAACACCAUUGAGCAGCUACAUUUCAUACCAGGAGGGGGCGGUGGGGGGUCAGCAGGAAGUGGAGGAGGGAGUCAGGGGAUCAGGACGGGGAGUAAAAAUGAGGUGACGGUGUGAGGUUUGUGCCUGAGUUUACCCCUCAUCAAAGCUAUGGGAUUAGAUCACCCUUCUGCAUAUAACUAUUAGAUAUACAAGAUUAGAUAUACAACUACAAUAAAUAAAACUAGAAGUAUAAAGUAUAGUAACAGUAUAACGUGUUUAGGCUAUUCAAAUUAGUGUUUUCUUGUAAUUAAAUAGCUUAAAUAUGAUUACUUAAUUAAAAAUCUAAGUGGGGAAUACCUGUUCCAAUUAUGUGAUAGCCUACAUCAGCCAUAUUUUGUAACACAAUUUGCCAUAUUGCCAUAUACAGCGGUGCCAUUACUUGUAGAAAGAGUGAAGGGUGAAAAAAAAAACAACAGAAGCGUCGUUCAUAAUUUUGUUUUUAUAUAUGUUUUUCAAAAAGUACUCAGGAGCCAUAUUAGAUAGGAAAUAAAAU